AGCAGACAAAUGCAAUGAUUAACAGCAUACAGGCCUAACAUUCAGCAACCAAGUUUUUAAAGGGAGGAACAUUGAAAAUGUGCUGCCAUCUACUGUCAGAAGUAGGCCAUAGGCAGAGUUCAAAACCAAAUAAUGAUUUUCAUUGCAUGCCAAGGGUUCUGUCCAAUUAGCCAUUUUUACACUAAAAUAAUUACCAAAAUGUGUAAAAAAAAGAAAAAAAAUGAAAAUAAGAAAAAAAGAAAAAUAAAAAGAAAUGGAAAAUGAAUUAAAACGAGAUAGCCUAUAUACCAAAAUGAGCGCACAAUUUAGUGGCCAAGAUUUAGCCUAUAGUAAAAUCACUGCAUGAUUUAUUGAAAGGUUGUUGGCUCAAUUUAAUAAGCAGAAUGAAUGCCUAUUAUGGAGAGAACUACAUUAUCAUGAAGGUCCAAUUUUGUCCACAUCCCCUACACAACUUAAAAUCCGAGUAGCCUAUAUUCAUGGGUUUCAUCAGGUCCCUUUCCAAGUGUAUUAAUCAAGCUCCACGCAUUCUGCAUUACAAUGUAGUGUUUAAUAUUUUAUACAUCCGUGGAAAGGGUCCUGAUGAAACCCAUGAAUAGGUGGUGUUUCUACUACUGUGUUCAAGUAAAAUGUACAGCCUAGGCCUAGACCACCAUUUCGGGUUGCCUUGACGAACAAUAACAAAACUGUCACUCUAAUUAGGCUAUUCAUCCGAAUCAGCAAAUGCAAAUACGCAGAUGUUUCCGUUAUAGUAGUAGGCUAUAAUUGAAGUGACCACUAAAUAAAAUAAAGCAGGUGUAAACUAUAUUCCAAGUAGCCUUGCUUGCGCCACAGUAAAAGAGGUCCAUAAUGGGUUAGAAAAUAUAGGCUGAUUAACCUAUUAAUUUUAGCGAUGAAUGGCCUGCAGUAGGCUAGCCUACAUUGCCACCUAUUUACAACAAACAACAGGAUAAUUAAGCAACAUAUAAUAGCCUAGCAGGUUAUCUGGUGGUCUAUUAUGAUGUGUUUUUUUUUUCUUAUGGGUGCGUGUGGUUUGGAGGGCUAGGCCCACAUUGCCGACAGCAGCCCAAUUUUCAGAUCUAUCCCUACACCGGGAGAACAGGAUAGUCUGCGCAGGCGCUGCUCGGCAAAAUAAUAAUCUCCACGAAUACGAUACGUGUUGUUGUCAUCUGUGCCUGUACCGGAGGAGGACUGGUGGGUGCUAGGAAUCUCCAAACGGACCGCCUCGCGGAUAAUGAUGGCGAUGGCGAUGGCGUGGGCUACCUGCAGGACAGUCCAUCAGUAACAUCGUUGUGGACAUGUGCAUGCUUAUAUUUUGCUGAAAAGGGAUCGGGUGUCUUCUGAGAAGGUUAUACGAUUUUCCUCGGCGCACCAUUUUAGCUGUUGCGUUUGAAGAUGGAGCAUAUCAGGACGCCUAAGGUCGAAAACGUGAGAUUAAUCGACAGAGUGACCCCCCGGAAGUCAACUGUGGGGACACUGUAUCUGUCAUCCACGCACAGCAUCUUUGUUGAGAACACAGAGGCUCGCAAGGAGACAUGGGUGUUGCACAGUGUGAUCAGCAGUAUCGAGCGUCCCCUCACCAACCCCUCUGGCAGUCCCCUGAUCAUCCGCUGCAAGAACUUCCAGGUCUACCACUUCCUUAUCCCCCAGGAGAGGGACUGUGUGGAUGUGCAGGCCUCCCUGACACGUCUCUCCAGACCAGAGCGGUAUACUGAGCUGUCGUGCUUCUCCUAUCAUCCCAACGUGAACAAGGAUGAGCGCGAGGAGGCCUGGAGCUUCAUCGACCUGCGGGCUGAGUACGGGAGAAUGGGAAUACCCAGCAACCUCUGGUGCCUCACGCCUGCCAACAGCGAGUACAGGGUGUGUGACACCUACCCCUCUGACUUGUAUGUGCCAAAGUCGGCCACUCCGUCCAUCAUUGUGGGCAGUGCCAAGUUCAGGAGCCGAGGAAGAUUCCCUGUGCUGUCCUACUACCACCGGGAGAAUGGGGCCUCCAUUUGUCGCAGUAGUCAGCCGCUGUCCGGCUUCAGUGCUCGCUCCACAGAGGACGAACAGAUGAUCCAGUCCAUCAUGAAGUCCAACCCAGCCAGCGAGAUGAUGUAUGUGGUGGACACAAGGCCAAAGCUGAAUGCAAUGGCCAAUCGAGCUGCUGGAAAAGGAUAUGAGAAUGAAGACCACUACACCAAUAUUAAACUGCAGUUUAUCGGCAUUGAAAACAUCCACGUCAUGAGGAACAGCCAACAGAAAAUCGUCGACAUGGGAGAGUUCAGAUUGCCAUCCAUGGGAGACUUCCUCUGGGGCCUGGAGAACUCUGGUUGGCUCAAGCACAUCAAAGCUGUUCUGGAUGCAGGUGUCUUCAUAGCAAAGGCUGUAGCAGAAGAAGGGAUCAGUGUGUUAGUCCACUGCUCAGAUGGCUGGGAUCGAACAGCGCAGGCCUGCUCAGUUGCCAGUGUCCUUCUGGACCCUUACUACCGCACCCUGAAAGGAUUCAUGAUUCUAAUCGAAAAGGACUGGAUAUCAUUUGGACACAAGUUCUCUCACAGGUAUGCUCACCUGGAGGGUGACCCCAAGGAGGUGUCUCCAGUGAUCGACCAGUUCCUGGAGUGUGUGUGGCACCUGAUGGAGCAGUUCCCGUGCGCCUUCGAGUUCAACGAGCGCUUCCUGCUCCAGCUGCACAUGCACGUGCACUCCUGCCAGUACGGCAACUUCCUGGGCAACUGCCAAAAGGAGAGAAGGGACCUGAGGCUGCGUGAGCGAACCCACUCAGUGUGGCCCGUGCUGUGGGAGCAGCGGGCGGAGUUCCAGAACCCGCUGUACCGAGACGAGCCCAGCCAGGCUCAGGGGGUCCUGCGGCCCGUCACCACCCCCUACUGCUUCAAGUUCUGGAAGAGCAUGUACAACCGGGCAGAGCGGGCGGCGGCGCUGGUGGCGCGUCAGUCUGCGGCCGAGUGUCUGUCUGCGGUGCGCGAGGAGACGCAGCAGCUGGAGGAGGAGCUGACCACCCACCAGGAGAGAAUAGCCAUGCUGACGGGAAAGAGGGCGGAGGCUGUAGUGAGGACGACGAGCAGAGCCAGUGACUGGACCCCCCGGCGUGCCCCUCCGGCCUCAGACGCGGCGGGAGAGGGCGUGGCCCAAAGCCCUCAGGACUACUUCCCCUGCGUGGACUCGGGCCCGGAGAGGGAGCGCAAGACGCCGCCCGUAUCCCUGACCCUCGUCUCGGCCCUGGGUGCGGGCGAACCUGACGACCUCUCGGCCUGCAGCGACCUUGAGUCCGGUGUAGCCGACCUCAGCAGCCGCUCCUCCAGCGGCGGAGACGACAAGGACCCUGAUUUGUACGAGGCCGCCUACGCCACUGCCUGAGUACAAAUCCAGGCUCUCCAGAAAGGGAUGAGGGGGAAAUGUAGUGGGAGGUGGGAUGGGAAGGGACAGGAGGAGGUGACCGUUUAUCUGAACCCUGUAACCCCCUGAGCCGAGUUUUAGAAACUCUGUUUUUUUUAAUAUGAUUUGUGGACUGGAGGUUGUGGGCGGGAAUACACACUGUACGUGUUUCAGAGCACAAGCACUGCGGCACAGAGCUGCUCUGGGCCCACAUGAGACAAGUGAACAAAAUGUGGACAAAGAUUUAUUUCUCGAGUUAAAAUGUCUUAAGUUUGUUUACAGUUAAGGGAAACAACUAUUUAUUAUAUGUGCAAUACAUUGUGUUAAGCUAUGUUUUUAUCAUUUGAACAUUUUUACUGGAAUUGUGUUGGGUUUUUUUGUGCUGCUUUAAGCAGUGAACUUUGUUUUCAGACCAUUGACACUGGUUGUGGUUUUCCAUACGCAGCAUAGACCUUUUUCUAUUUUAUUUCUCAGGUUCACAAAGUCACUGUUAUUCAGAAUCUGUUGUCUCGGUAAUUAGCUAGAGAAGUUAAUCGUAAGAAUGUACUAACAUUCUAAUUAUAGCCUCGACAAAUAGGACACAUGUAGUCUGUUAGAACCUUCUGUUUUCAAUGAAUACGCUCAAGUCAGUGAAACUAGUCCAACUUAGGCUGUAAUUAAUUGAGACCAUUUUGCUGCCAAAAUACAUGAUACUCAUAAAUAUGUAACAGCACAGUACCUCAAACAUCGUUCCUCCAAAACUAAAUUGGAGCUUCUUAAGAGGUUUUAGUGUAGCCGAUAAAAGAAAUCUUGCUGAGAAGGGAAAUUAUGCUAGUCAGUUUGCAUCUUGGACCCAGUGUUAGAGUUUAGCCUUAACUCUUCCACCCUUGCCAACUGCUAGUCAUAGUCAUUUUGCUAUUCUUUUGCAAAAUUAUUCUAGAAAUACAUUUAUUCCUAAGGAUAGAUUGGGACAUCCACGUCUGGAACAACCACCGUUACAGGUUGGAGCAAACUAAAUAAGAGAAACUUUCAGUUUGCCGACAUUGUGAAAGGUGGUGUACUUCUCAUUUCUCUGUUUGUGAAUGUGUGUGUAUCUACUGUGUUUUAACUGUACUCGAGUGCUUUUCGCAUUUGUGACAAACUUUAAAGCUCCUUUUUCCAAAUCUGAAGAGCACCACAUUUCUCUCUCUCUAAAAAGGGAUCUCAUUCCACACUAUCCUCAUCAUACCUGGCUAUAUUUGAUGUCUGGUACACCCUGUUAUUCGUGCCCUUAGUAAUUAAAAUACCUGAUC